GCCAAGAGGAGACGACGCUCUCUGCCAAGACUAAUAGUGAUUUGUUAAUCCCACAAAAACGAUAAAAUUUAGGGAUCUUUGGCAACAUAAACUUUCUUGUUUUCAUAUUGUGCUACAUAAUGGACGAAGAAACACUAGAAAAAAUGGCUUUAGCAGAGAUCAUGAAAGACAUCAAACGUGGUGCUGAGCGGGCACAGGAGCACGGUGCUCUCGGAUGGCAGAAAAGCACAGCACCUCCUCCAAACAAAACGUUCUUGAGAAAUAUGCUGAUGUCCACUCUGACAGACAGGACUCGAAAGAUUUCACAGUCUUCUUCUAGACUUCGUGCCAUGACUGGUUGUGGUCAACAGUUUAGCAAACAACAGCAUACAGAUUCAGCUGGGUUGAGCAGUAGUUCUUUUUCUGUUACCCACAGAGCCACUGUGGAUCAACCAUCUGCUGGACAUGCACAUCACAGAAAAAGAAAACUAAAUUUUUACCAUGAUAGCAGCAAUGCUAACUAUAGAAGUCACCAGCAUAAAAGUGUAGAGUCUACCUGCAAAGGCUAAGUAAUAAUGACAAUUAUGAUAUCACUAAGGAAGAUGAAAGAGAAGCUCAUUCAGUAAGUAGUCACAGGCAGAGGCUCUUUUCAGACAGAGGAACAUCAUGUCGUGAAAGUAAAGAACUAGAGAGGCAUGAGUCGGUUUCUAAUGCCACCAGAAAUAAAAUUAGCAGAAACAGCAGUGCAAAAAAGACGAAUCUUCUACCAUAAAGAAUGGUAAGGAACAUCCUAGACACAAACUAGAUCAAGACAAGAGCAGCAGGAAGAAAAAAUGAUGAGGAAAAAGUAAUAGAAAGAUGAAGUGUAAAUAAAGAUAAUGUGCUAUAA